AGAAGAGACAAAAUGAGCAAAAUUGUCGUGUUGCUCGCAGUCGUCGCCGCUACUUUAGCAAAGCUGCAAAAUGUAACUGUGCGCAUCGACGAAGUAACCUGCGAUGGAGAAGAUUAUCUCGACACUUUGAAAAUCCAAGUCUGGGAUAAGGACAUCCUAAAGGAUGAUUUUCUUGGGGAAAUGUACUUCAACGUCACCAAUCCGCCCCAAAACAUCUCUUUGACUGCCACGGAGAACGAAUUUCUAACAUUCGCACCGUAUUUGAUACUCCAACAUUCAUGCAAUGGGACGUGCGUGCGCUCUCGACUGGAUAUCCCAAGCGAAUAUGUUGGUAGCACUUACCAGAAAGAUCGCCUCGAUCUCAACUCCACAUUCAAUGACAAUAAGCCUUGCUGAUCUCGACCCACCUCACUGAUUGAAUCUUUUACCUAAAUUCAUUGACCUCUCUUUUGAUCUCAGUAUGUGUCUUCUCCUCUACCUCUGGUCUAUUCCCUACCUCAGCAGCUUUACUUAUUCAUUGCAAUAGUCGGGUAAUCUCCCGCAAAUUGGAAGAUAAUAAAG